UUUAUUUUUAUUUUUUAUUUUUUACUUGAUAAUUUGGUCCUCUGGUCACCAAUCCGAGAGGCUGGGCCCGGCUAUUUGAGAAAUCGACUGCACACCCAAGGUACAAGAAGCCGACCUACUCAGCCCGGUCUCCUUAUUCGGCUCAUCCUAGGAUAUAAACAGCACCAAUGAGUUUACACUACGAUCCUCUGCGGCACGAGCCGACUGCGGCCAGCAGAGACGCGGGAAUGCCUUCACAAUUUGUGAACUUUCCCAAGCUUCCGCCAGAACUUCGAACCAUGGUCUGGGAGUACUCUCUCCCAGAAGGACGAGUCUACGAGGUUUUGGAUGCGCCACACGCCAAAGCGAAGACGCCGGCUCAAGAGGGCUUGAUGUUCGCCAAUGUCCAUCCGGAGCCGCCCCCGGCACUGGCCGCUGCUUGCCGCGAAUCCCGGUACAUCGCACUACAUCGGUACAAGCCUCUCACGUUAGGCAAGACAACCAAGUUCGUCGACCUGUCGCGGGAUAUGCUCCUGCUGGAGCCAUACUUAUUAGUCAAGAGGUUACACCGAACACUGCAGUUCAUGAGCCAGAUUCCCUUGGUUCGCGACAACCUCAGCAGGCUGGCCAUGGGCACCUCGUACGGUGUCUACACUGGCAUCUGUCAUCCGGUCCUCAACUGGAAGGUCUCCAAGAGCAACGUGGGAAAGCUUGUGGCUCGGCUGGCGGACUUUCCCAGCCUCAAGGCACUAGUAUUCGUGGUGCAUCAAGAGUUCCAGUUCGAGUUCGACUUUGCGCGACAUUCUAACUUCAACGGCUAUAACCCACAUAACCCACAUUUGCAGAUGCAACAAUAUCACUACCAACAAGCGGCCACGGGACCAACGAUGCAGGCACAGAUGUCGCAACCACCCCAAACACUUCAUUCUGCUGCUACACCAACAGCGCCUCUAUAUAAUAUGCCAUCUGCAAAUAUGAUGGCGCCAUCACAACCACAGGUUAUACACCAGGCAUACCGAUUCAAAUUCGACAUCGAGGCCAACAUAAAUCAACACCCGCACCGCCCGCACCUCAACGAAGUAUUAUUUUAUCCGCUUGACGUGGAUGAGGAUAAGGACGACACCUGGGAUCUGAACGCUGCAAUGGCCGUAGGCGAGGAUGCCUCCGCCUGGUGCCUAGACGACCCUUGGCCUACGAACGACGACUACAGGCGGUUCAGGAAACGGUUCGCCCGAGCUGUGGGUCUGGCACUCGAACUUGAUCUAGUCGAUGGGAAGAGGCCAAAAGUGAUUCCAGCACUUCAGGGGGCUAGUCUGUUGUGGAGAUACACCAAGGGGAGGUAUUCGUGAAGCUCACUUAGCUUGUUCGGACUGAGAUCUGAGAGAUCCUAAACAAGUUGUCUUUGCUAUUCGGGAGGGAGAAUGGAUAAAACUUCAGAGGCCGAAAAACACCCUUGGUCAAAAAUCUUGGGAAAUGACUUAUGACAAAAACGACCAAAAGCCUCCAGAGAAGGUAUUAGGGUCUUUUUUUCCUUGUUUUUUUUUCAUCCCUUCUUGUCUAUUAUUUUUGCAUUUUAUCUUUUCUUUUCUUUUUCAUUGUGCUCUAUUCGGUUCGUUUCAACCAGUAUACCCUAGAGAGUUCUGACACGGUUUGGCUUGUGCAAGGGGGUCAUUGCACUGCUUUUCUUGGGCUUGGUGCUGGGACAUAGCAACACUACGAAGAAAAAAAAAUUACAUACAUCAGGCGUACGCUAGAGCGCCUCGGCUACAUCAAAAGAGGGCUCCGAAUUUCAUGUAUUUCGCAUCAUCCUUCGACUAAGUCGUCGCUAAAUACCUUAGUCAUUAGAUAACGCUUGGAUAUAGAGGUGCCUACACAGAGCCAGCUGGUUGGUACAUUAGUACUGUACAUGACUACCAUGGUGUUUUCAUUUUCUCUUUUCUUACUCG